CACGGCACCACCCCACUCCACUCCACCUCCUCUCCCUCCCUGCAACUUCAAUGGCAGACCCCUUCAUGUAUAACUUCUUCGACCAAAGCCAACCUUGUGCGGCCAAACCCACCAAGCAUGCAGCUCCGUCCACCACCUCAGCUCCGCGACGUUUUUCUUGCCUCUACUGUCCCAGGGAGUUUGACACCUGUCAAGCUCUCGGGGGCCAUCAGAAUGCUCACAAGCGCGAGCGAGCAGCUGCUCGGCAAAACUUUCCUGCCCCCAACCAGCAGCAAUACCACCCACUUCCUCAGUUCCCCGCUUAUCAACAGCAACAACCCACCUCAUCGAUACCAUUUCCCCACUUUCCGGGCAUGUACCAUACCGUCAGUGCAGCCUUGCUUGUUGAGAAGUGGCUGGAGCCCAUCCAGCCGCAGCCGCAGCCACAUCACCAAGACCUGAACCUUGCCUCCAGCUCGGUCCCUCCGAGCUUUCUGGGCGUUUCGACUGCUGAUGCUCUACCCACUACCACUGAUGUGGAUGAUUCUAUGGAUCUCACCCUCCGCCUGUGAAGGGACUGAAUGGUGAUGAAGAUAUAUAUAUAUAUAUAUAUAUAUAUAUAAAUGGUGGUUUUAUUAAUAAAAUGGGUUUUUGGUUUAAUGUUUGAUUAAUAUCUCUCUAAUGUUUUCUGGGUAGGAGCAUAUUCCAUUAAAUAAAGAAUAUUUUGCUGA